AUGUCGAACACGUCUUUUCCCGCGCCCAAGUCCAACGAGUACCAGUGGCGCAACUUGUACCUAAAGAAGUAUGGCAUCUGCACCUACGCCCCACCGAUGCCAAAGAACCCGGAGACUACCGGCGCCAACGCGCCAAGCUCAUCAUCAUGGCAAAAACAUAACUAUGGAGACAGCACCAGCCUGCACAAAGCCCCCACCUCUGGGAAUGAGGUGAACCUGUCGAGCGCUUCUAAUCUGUCUGUGCCAACGUCGAGGCAAACACAUAGUGCACAAUACCGGCAGGGUUUGCAGCGACCUUUUGUUGAGCUUCGACAGGGCUUAUCCGGCUUCGAGCCGUUGAGGAUGCUCAGUGACCAGGAACUCUUCUCGGCGAAUGUCUUCUCGUUUUUAAAUCGACGCGCCAGUGGAUCAACGUCGUCGCUGAUACCGCAAACCUUAGCGGAGUCGGAUGCUUCGAGGGGUGUGAAGUUUCCCUCCAUUCUGCGCGGCUCUCUCCCGAUCCAACAGAGUGGGACGAUGCGGCAGCAGGGGAAAUCCAUCGACGAAGAGAGGAAUACGGCUGCGGUCCCAGCGAAGGCUCUGCUGCGUCUUCAGCGCGAGACCUGGCAGCUGCUGAUGGACAAUCGUAUCAUGGUUUGGUUUGAGCGGGAGGCGAAAAGCCGUGGGCGCAUCACGGCCAGUGUUCAACAGCGCCUGCUAGAAGUUGUCACGUGGAAUCCGGGCGCCCAAGGCAAACCCCCUGUGAAGAAAAUCACUGACGAUGAUGUGAAGAACUCAUUUACCGCGGAGGAAGUGACAGUAAAAGAUGAAACCGUGAAUAAGUUUGCUACGUUUCCUGCAGUCACCUCCGCUAACUGUGGUCAUACUUCCGAGCUCCUUUCCACCUCCAUCAACACCAACGACACCGGGAAGUUGGGGGAUGAAGAGAAACUCAUGCGGACACUGGAGCAGUUUGCCCCCUUCUUUGCUGUUAUUUGUCCACCUGAGGCGAUUGAGAGAGUGGCAGGCAGCGUGGUCGUGACAAGAGGUCGUCGACGACGCGGUGAGGUUCCCAGCAUCGUUGGUAUCCCACUCUUUAGCCAGUAUGCCACCUGGCGUGAAGCGUAUGAGAAUCGGCUGAUAUGGAACUUGGCACCCUUCAGUUUUUUCCUCAUUCACGAUCAAAGCUACAAUCACGCCCAUAUUGCGGCACUGUAUGUGCUGCUGGAUCUUAUUGGCAGCAAUGCACAUCUCCACACAACAGAGUGUGUGAUGGGUGAACGUCAACCAAAAAAUAUCACCAAGAGUCGAUCGCGAAAAAGCCGCACCGCAAAGGAGAUAGCACCGGAGCCGUCGUUGUGUCCGUUGAAUGUUGCGCAGCAGCUUACAGAGGACCUCCUCCUCGCCUAUGAGCACAGCGGGUCACGAACGACGCUGUUGAUGGCCCUCGACGUUCAGGAGUUUCUUUUAGACCUUGUCCUUGACCCUGAAACUGCCUCGUCCUUCCUGAGCACUACCGCCUUGCGACGUCAGUGUGGAACUGAGGUGGCUGUCAGGGACGGUGAGGCUGGUGGCUCUACGGUGAAGCAGGGUGAGAAUGAGGUCUCUAGGGAAGACCUGGAAGAUGGGACUGCGAACGAGGGGGAAACGGAACCGCAAAAGCAAGGCAAAGAAGGGGAGGAAGGGGCGGGUGUCACACCCGCCGACGAAGCCGAGAUAGUGGACUGGAGUUCCUUGAAGAAGCUGAACGCCGCCACGUUUGAUGAGCUCUUUGUCCUCGUCAACUGGUUUGUGGACGCGCCAACCGCGAAUAGCCUUAUUCCUCAUGAACUGCAGACCGCAUCAACCACGCCCAUUCCUUCUCUCCGCACAAGGAAGGGGACCCUCGGUCAAAACACUAGCACCAGCGCAAUAAUCUCGCACGAAGGCAGGAGGAGCGCGUCCCACCAUGCCCUCUCUGAUAUGAGUACGCAACCGAGUAAAGAGUGUGGCUAUAUCAUUGGCAGGGUACGCGAGUAUGAUGCCACCAUGUCUGUUGUAGAGGCCAUAACCCGCUAUGAAUUGCAGCGACAGCACAUGACAGAACACCGGUUAGGUGAGCAACAACAAGGCAUCUUCUCACCAUCGGGUCAGAAGAGGCAGCGAAAGAAGCGUAUUUUCACUAGCCGUGGUCCUACAGGUAAUGAGUCUGUUGAUAUGUCAGACCUCCCUAUUGGGGCAACGCUUCUCUCUGCACCAAUCUCGUUUCUCACGACGUACAUUCGUCUUCAUGGAGCUCCUUGGUUGAAGGAGCUUCUGGGGCGUUUGUUUAACAUCCUACGCCGCGAGAGCGUACUGUUGUAUGUAAAUGGAUUAGAAAUGGUCUCCUCCCACUGUGUCUCCCCGCAGGAACCGACCUCACCGUUGAGUCUAAGCGGCGACAGAAGCAACGACGGCAUGCCGAGCUUUGGAUACGAGAGUAAUCGCUGGCGGUAUUUGUGUCCAAGAGAAGCCGCUCAUCAUCAACGCCUGGGGCAUCUGGAGGACCUCAUCUGUCAAGACAUUCAGUACGUCAUGGAGGAGUUCUUUGGCACCCUGUUUGGCAAACGCUCCGUCACACGCCUGCCGCAGGGCAUCUCCGUCUUGCUGACAAGCUUUUGUACAACAAUUCAUCUACAUCUGCUGAAACAGCACGUUUCCAUCGACACCUCCCUUGACAAACCUUCGAUAAGUGUGCGGAAGUGUCUUGCAGAGAUACGACAAAAACGCCUGACGGGUGGAGGCUCGUCCACCAUGUGGGGUCACUGCCAACAGGACUCCACCGACCGGCUUAUUCGAAGCAUUGAGAACAACCGACUGGCGAAAUUUAUUUUGUUUGAUUGCUGGAUUCUGCCCGUCCUCAACAACGCCGUGGAGUUUGGGUACAUCUCGGAGGGGUCUUCGAACCACCUCCGCUGGAACCUUGAUGCCUUUGCGCGUUACCUGAAAAUUGUCGUAAAUGCCGCCAUCGUCCCUACAGAUAACACCGAUGUGUACAUUCAUACCAUCAUCCCGGCGGCGGCGGCGGCGCAGCUACGCAGUGGACUAACGCCUCCCGUGGAACGAAAACCUCGCACUCAAAAUGAGUUGCUGCUGCCACCCCGCUGUGACACCGUCAAGCUUCCGCCCCUCAUCAAUGGCAUCUACGAUGUUGUCUCUGGGUCGCUCAUGCAGUUGUCCUGCGACCCUAGGGAGCAGGAGGAGGCGGAGGGGUGGGCAGAAAAGUUUACCUUUGGCGAUGCAUCCUUCACGAUGAGUUCACCGGGAGCCAAAGACGCGGGGGCAAACAGCAGCUUGCAAGACGCCUACCCGCCUCGGAAUGAUUUAUCGGCUGCCCUCAGCUCCUUAAACGAGUCUCUUGGCAUCACCGGCGGCGACGCGGAUAUUGAGGUGUACGAAGACGACACAGAUGUCACACCGGUACGAAUUUUAAAUAUAUUUUGCGCUCGAGCCUCCAGUGACAUCUCCGCAAAGGUGGUGGUGACGGAGUACAAAGUUGCCCCCUCCGUAGCCGCGGCAUGUGUGAGUAAAUUUUUUUUACUUGCCUCCGGUGAGCAUCCUCUCGUGCGGGAUGCGUACCUCUCUGGCGCUUUGGUAGGACACUUCCGAUUCUCGCCCUACCUGACAUGCCUCAUUGGGGUUCUCCUGCACCCCCGCACCGCCUCGAAGGUUCUCGAAAAUGUCGCGCACAAUAGUCGUUCGUUUUUUACCGCUCUUUUGAAGCCGCUAAAGGAGGAAGGUUUGUUGAACCUGAUCUCGUCCCUGGUGGGGACACGCAAACGCAUGACGCUGGUGGACUCCAAUGAACUUAUUUCCUUGAUAGCGUCCAUCCCUAUGAAGGAAACGGAAACAGAGACGGAUGAUCUAACUAGCAGUGGAGCCGCUGAGAAAAUGGAAGAAGCAAACAAGAGGAAAUCAAAGUUCGCCUUGUGGGAAGCCGCAACACGGCGUCUUAUGAGACAGCGCGCGCAAGCCACCACUGGGGAGAUGCUUCGGGCGGAGGUGACGCUACACCCACUGCUUCGUCGAAUAGGGCCAACGAAUCCGUACAAUUUCCUUCGCGCCACUGCAGACGCCAUCGCACAAGAAUUUUCUCAUGUUCCCUCUUGCUUUGAUACCUGGUGGCGUGCCAUGGUCGUGGCCCUCGCUGUAAAAGUGAUGAACGUUACUGAAGAGUGCGGCGACACAAAGUCCAUGCAAUGGGAGGAAUGGUGCGAGGCCAAGAUGCAUGAGAUGCAGCGCGAGUGUCGUAGCUUGUGCACGUACUUUACGCAGCACAAGGGGGGACGGAUGGACAUCAGCGGCGCAAAGGCGCUGUCGUACACGAAGGAAAAGAGCCAACGCUCAAACUCUACAAGUGUGUUCGUGGCAAAAACUCCAAAGGGACGGUCCACAGAGGAUCCGAAGAAAGUUAAGAAGAGGCAGGGCAGCUCUACGCCGAAGAAGAAGAGGCAGGGAAGCUCCGCGCCGAAGAAGAAGAGGCCGGCGAAAGCAGUCGCUUUGGUCCCAAAGGCACCGGCAUAA